GCGAUGUUGAAGAUGCCGGGCAAGAGCUCCAACAUGGAAGAGGACCUGGCCAGCAUUCUUUGGGGAUCGGGGCCGCCAAGCAGCAGCAGUCGAGCUCCUCAGCCUGCGGAUUCGGACGAUGAGGCGGCUUCCGUCAACAAUGGCGCUGCUAGACCCAGACGUGGCAGUGGCAGCGGUGGUGCCAACAAAAGACGAAAGUCCAAGUCCAAAGUCGUGCCAGAUGCCUCCUUCCCAUCUGGGCUGUCAAGCCAACCGCCGCUUUCUGAUGCUGCUUCCAAUGCUGGUGGUCCUGGUGGUGAUCUUAUGCAAUGGGUCCAGAAUCCAGCCAAAGCCACAAGCAAGAAGAAGACGGCCGAGAACAAAGAGCUGGAGAAGAGCGAAUCCGUGAUUCUCGCUGCUCAGCAGCUUCAGGCUUCACUCGAGAGUGCCGAGACCGUGAUGACUGUCGCUUUGAACAAGACGAACCAGCUGUUGGAGAAGAUCCACAAUCGGCUCUCGGAGGAAGAAAUGAAGGCCUUGUACUCAGAGGCUGUGAUGAGUCAGGGGCCAAAUUCCAGAGCGGCCAAUGUCUGGAAGAGUUUGCAAGAGAAGCUGGCUUUGGUUGAGCAUGCAGCCAAUUUCAUCGAGGCCUUCCAUGACGAUGAGGCUGCAGCAUCGACUUUGGCAGCGAGGGCCCAAGCUCUUCGAGAUGUUGGAGUUUCGCUGCCCCAGCAGGUGAAUUGCGUGCUUGCCCGGAAGGAGCUGGCGGCCUUUGCUAGCGAUGACAACUUCCACACUUUCAUGCAGUACCUUGAUCCAGCCAUGAAGGACAAGUUCCCCACGGGCGUCGGUUCCCUGAUGGACGACAGCAUGAAGCCAACAGAGCCCGACACCAUGGCUCCAAUAUUGGACUUUCAGGUGGGUGCAGUCGUGCAAACCUUGAACAACCUGUUGCUGAGUGUCAAAGCCACAGGGGCCAAUUCGUCGGAGGAGGUUUCUUCAUCUUCUGAUGCCGGUGCUGGGAUAUCAUCAGUCCCGGAUGCGAAAGCAGCUGUCAAUCGCCUCGUCAAAUUCCUCGCUGAGUUCAAGAAGUCGCCGAUCGCCAACGUCUGCGACUCCAAUGCCAACUUGAAGAUCGACCUUGAGCGCUUCGAGUCGCUUGUCCAGUUGACUAUGUCCGACGAUGCCCUCGACGAAGACAGCUGCGAGAUCUUGCAGACGGCUCGGACAAAUCUUCUCAAGAAUAAGCAAGGCCCUUUCAACAAAGGCCUCACCUUGUUUCCGAUUGGGAUCUUCUUGUCAGACUUGGCUCAGAAGCGGAUCCAUCAAUUCAAGGCCGAUAUGCUCUUCCAGAUCGAUGUGGGGCUUGCAGUUCAGAUAGCUGGCGAGCUGAAGGUCAUGAAUGUGGACUCUCUUCUCAAGGAUAAGCAAGGCGAGAUGGAGUUGGCGAUCCCCUCCCAGGCCAAGAUCGUCGACAUGGUGGCAAAAUGGCAGGCCGCUGUCGAUGGAGCUUCCAUUCCCUUCAAGACGAAGCACAAAGCGGAGCUUGAGAUCGUCGAGAGCAAGAUCCAGGAGCUCAAGACGGGUUUCUUGUCCGUGGUGGCCUACAAGACCAACCAGUUCCAGCGGAUGGAGGCGUUGAUCGCAAAGUUGGGCGAGGGCGGGUUCAAAGAUGCCGAAGCAUUGGAGUGUGGCCGGCUGCUGUCCGGCUUGGAGGCCUUGCAACCUCUCCAUAAAGUUCCAUUGAUCAAGUUGUUGGGCAAGGACGGUGCUCAGCAGUUGGAGGACAUCGUUGCGCCUGCCUUUGCUUUCUUCAAGCAGUUUGCUGCUGCAUUUUCCCAGGUGGUCAAGAUCAGUCAGGUCUCUGUCAUGGAAGGGGAGAUCAUGGCCAAGGAGAUCAUUGACCUUUAUGCUUCUUUGCACGACAACGGCCUGAUCAACAAGGUUAAGACCGUGGCUCCAUGGAUCCAUGUCGGGUUGAACAACUUGACUUCCUUUCUUGAGAAGGCUGCGAAGGAUUGGGUGACAGCAAGCUGCGGCGACUUUGCCAAGUUCGCUGCACAGGUCCUCGACCCUGAGGCCAACUUUGAGGACAUCGUGCGAGACCUCCCCGCAGCUGCGCCUGCUGAUGGGAGUGACGUGGACUUCAGCUUCAUCUACAUGAGCUUCGCUGCCGUCCUUAAGGGCAAGGAUGCACUGGUUCAGAUGCCCCGGCCUGCCGAUGAGUCCAAGGACCAGGCGAUUGUGAGGGUGCAUUGCUCAUUCUUGUGUCUCUGUGGAGUGUUGGGCCAGAUGACGAGGCAUGCCAAAAUCUUCCAGAACCUCCUUACACGAGCCGAAGCUUGCAAGGCCUUUUCGGGGAUGUUGUUGGACUACAAGAAGGCCCUGCAAGAGAAGAAUGCACAGUUCGUUUUCGAAACCAAGGCCGGUGUGCUGGCAACAGCGGUGGGCGGCUUCGAGAAGUUGCAGGCGGCCUUGGCGCAAUACCAAGCCAUCUCGAAUACCUUGACCAAGGAUGACAACAUGGAGCACGGCACGAUUCUGAACUACUACAAGAAGCUCCUGGCCCACAUCAAGGCUUCCUUCCAGCAGAUGCUGUCCGUGGGCCGUGCGGAUUUGGAGGAGAUGAUGUCAAGUGGCAAGGACAUGUUCAGUAAUGUUCGCUCCCGGUUUGAGGUCCGUGCUCUUUUCCAGGCCGACCCCCUCAACAAGCAGUCCAUCCAGUCUCUCUUCAAAGAUGAGAAAGUUCAGUUAUUGGCAAUCUUUGCCCCGAAGGCAAAGGACUUUCUGACGUCUACGGGCAUAUGGGUGAAAGGCAUUCGUUCGUUUCCCCUCGCUACAGAGGGCAACGAAGCAGCAAUGACUCAGGAAUGUCAUCAGCUGGCAACAGCUGUUCAGCAAGACGCCCAAUUCUUUCAGAGAGUCGAUGCCAAUGAUGAGAACCCGAGCUUGGUGAACCUCACCGAGUUUCAGAUGAAUGUUACCAUGGCGCAAGCCCUCACUCGAGAUCUUCUAGCAGGAGAGACGAGAGUUGGAUUAGUGAAUCGGUGCUACAAUCUCGUGAAAGUGGGGGAGCUUCCUUUGGACAAAAGUUUGAGGCAGCGAGCCUUGACAAUGAUCAAAGGCAAGUAA